AUGCCGAACUCGCCCCAUGAGCUGCUUGGGGGGAAAAUUCCUGGUAACACAGGCUCUGAGUCAAGAUGGCAGAAUUGUUUUAAGUUACAAGAUUUGCCUUGGCUACAAGAACAUUGCAUACAGAAUCAGAUCAUUAUCCCUGCAGCUACGUAUUGCGUUAUGGCCCUCGAGGCCGCUAGGGAUAUCAGCAAAGGAAAGCAGGUAGAAAACAUAGAGCUUUCAGAUAUUACAAUUAUACGACCAAUUGUAAUAAAUGAAUCCUCGGGAGAGAUUGAGACCUUGCUAUCCGUACGCAGCAAUCUUAACUUCGAUAAUAACGGACCCGAUUUUAUUCAGGCAGAGUUUACUCUCGGUGAGAGGGCAGCUGAGGAUAAAGAUAUAAAAACUGUGGUCACAGGAAGAAUACACAUCACGCUUGCAAACACCAAUAACCUCAAUCCAGCUAUCUCAUCGCCUUCUAGACCACCCAGGCCAGCAGAGUUAAUACCGGUCAACAUCAGCCAGUUCUACGAUUCACUGGCCGAGAUAGGGUUGGGUUAUGGCGGGCCAUUCAGAGCUGUAACUUCAGCAGAGAGACGGAUGGACUUUGCGUCAGCUGUCGUUGCGACUAUAAGCGAUAAGGAAGUGGAGUGGCCAACCUUCCCUUACCCGAGCUGGCUUGAGGCUUGCUUUCAGACGUUCUUUAUUGCAUUUGCCGCCCCGAGAGAUGGUUCACUAUGGACAGCUUUCACGCCUACAAAGAUUGGUCGCAUGGCAUUGUCUUUGAACCCAUGUAUCGCCCCUGAUAUACCAGCCUCAGUGCUUGUCGACACGCAAAUUACCGGGUUCACGCCAGGAUUUCAAGCACAAUUGCCCAUAAUCAAGGGCAACAUGAAAAUAUACCACUCAGAGACCAGCCAGUUAGAGAUAGUCGUCGAAGACUUCAUGAUGAGCCCCUUGCUUCCUGCUACAGAGAAAGAUGAUAAAUUGCUCUGCUUGAAAAUGGACUGGCAACAAGACAUUCUCUCAGGAGUGGCAUUCGAGCAGCAUCAUACCUUCUGUUACAAACAGUUAGGCCUCUCACAAGCUCACAAGCAUAUAGUGAGCGUAACCCGGCAGAUCUCGCACCGGUAUGCGAAGUUGAGAAUCCUCCAGGUUGGCACAUCUUCAGCCGAUCUCGUACAAGCUGUAUGUCAAGAGCUUGAACAUACCCUUAAAUUAUAUAUGGUCGUGGAUGCAUCAAAUAGGGCUAUUGGAGGCAUGGAGGCGCAGAUGAGUUCCGAUCAGUUGAGUGUUCAAUUUGGAGUCUUUGAUGUUGAAAGGGACAUCGGAGCGUUGGACGAAACUGUCGACCUAACACCUUUUGACCUGAACUCUUUCGACCUGGUAAUUAUUCUACAGACUUUCAAGGAGAAGGUUGCCGGGUUGAGAGUCACCCGAAGCCUAGUAAAGCCAGGGGGCUUUUUACUAAUGAUGGGUGGAGAGGACGUUCCGCCUAACGCAACAAACACGACCCGCGAAAAAAUACACGACAUUCUCCAGAGCGUUGGGUUUUCUGGGGUUGAUUCCAUGGCACUUAGCAGCGCUUCAGAAACACACCCUUCCUCUAUUAUCUUGUCACAGGCACUGGAUAAUCGAGUUGGCUUUCUCAGAGCUCCUCUUAAUUCUACACCACCUAUUAGUACAAGCGGGAAACUUCUUGUUUUGGGUGGCUCCUCGCAAGUGAUUGUCAAUUUCAUCAAAGCCAUACAGGCUAAGCUAAUAUGCGUCUGGGAUGGAGAGAUCAACGUAGUUGAAUCCCUAUCCAAUUUGAAAAAUCAAGACCUCGACAAAGUGGAACUUGUGCUUAGUCUCACCGAGUUAGAUCAGUCAGUACUCGAGAAUCUUAGCGCCGAAACUUUCCAAGGUCUACAUCUACUUUUGGAGAGGUCCGAGCUGGUCCUCUAUGUCACUCACGGCGCGAGAUCAAAAAACCCACAUCACAGCGGUACAAUCGGUCUUUUGCGAGCCUUUCAAGCUGAGAACCCCGAGAAAGUUGUGCAGCUCCUCGAUUUGGAUACAAUUGACGGCAACGAGUUUCUUGUCAUAGAGAGCAUACUUCGACUUGUAGCAGGUGUUGCUAUGAGGGAUGAUGGCACAAAACGGCUAUGGAGUAUUGAGCCGGAACUUGCGGUCCGGGGAAGUAAACUUUUCAUUCCAAGAGUGAUUGUUGACAAGGAACGCAACAAUCGUCUCAAUUCUCUACGGCGGAAAGUUGAGACUAGAGCUUUCGUUGAAAAGAAGCCUGUCACUCUCGUUCGGCCUAUAGAUUCGUCUCACCUAUUAUCACCAAAUAAAACUUAUGUUCUGAUUGGCCUUAGCGGGCAUAUUGGUCAAUCUAUCUGUAGAUGGAUGGUUAAGAGUGGUGCGCGUUGUAUUGUGGUUACGAGUCGGAAUCCUAAUAAAGAAGCACCUUGGAAAGACGAAUUACAAAAUCAAGGUGCUAAAAUUGCAAUCGAGGCAGCAGAUGUCACUAAUAAACAAGACAUGAUCAACCUCCGCAAUCACAUUCUUAGCACUAUGCCACCCAUCGGGGGCGUGGCUAACGGUGCAAUGGUUCAAUCGAAUUGUUACUUUCCUGAUCUGACUUAUAAUACCUUACAAGAAGUACUAAAACCUAAGGUAGAUGGGUCAUUAAUCCUGGAUGAGGUCUUUUGUAGUACUAACCUUGACUUCUUCCUCCUAUUCUCGUCCAUUUCGGCCGUGACUGGCCAACCAUUUCAAGCAAACUAUGCUGCAGCUAAUAAUUUUAUGACCGGUUUGGCGUCUCGGAGGCGAGCUCGCAAUCUCGCUGCUACAGUAAUCGACUUCGGAACGAUUAUCGGGCUUGGUUUCAUCCAGAGGAUUGAUAGCAGCGGAGGCAGUGAGGCCAUGAUUUCUAUCCUUCGAAGUCUGGAUUACAUGCCUAUUUCCGAGCGUGAUCUUCAUCACCUCUUAGCAGAAGCAAUACUCAUGGGGAAGAGCGACCAGUCUCCGGCAAUUAUAACUGGACUGGAGACGCUCAACGCUGCCUCUAACAAUGACCCCUUCUGGCACCAAAACCUGCUUUUUUCACACGUUAUAAAAGAUGUUAGCUAG